UUACACCGAGGACACCGUUUUUCCAGAAGCUUCUUUUGCGCGACUUGUACCGUCGGAUCUUUACGGCUCCUGAAGCGACGUCCUCGGUGGUUCCAAUAAUCGAGAAGUGGAUUAGAGAUGGCGGAACUGUUAACUAUAACAGACUCCUAUCUGUUAUCAGGAAACUCAGAUCACGCAGAAGAUAUAGAAACGCCCUCGAGGUAUCGUCGUGGAUGUUCGAGAAAGGGUCUUCCAAACAUAAAUCUGGAGAUCUUGCAAUAAGACUAGACUUGAUUGGGAAAGUUAAUGGACUUGAAGAAGCAGAAUUCUAUUUUAAUAGCAUUCCGAAGUACUUAAGAACUGGAGAAUGUUACAGCUCUCUUCUUAAUUGCUAUGCUCAUGCUAGGGAUGUGGAUAGAGCAGAGAGCAUCAGGGAGAAGAUGAGAGCUUUGGGUUUUGCAACGUCGAUUUUGUCAAGAAAUGUUUUGCUUAAUCUCUACUAUCAAACACAGAACUAUGACAAAUUGGAAAAUUUGAUAUGUGAAAUGCAAGAAGAGGGUAUUAAUUUCAAUAGCUAUACAUUUGGUACCCUGAUUAGUGCUUACGCUGCCUCUUCUAAUACGGAGGGAAUUGACAAGCUUCUCGCACUGUUAGAGCACAAUCGGAUUUGGUACUGGCAUUUAGAUUGGACUGUUUAUGCUAUUGCAGCCAAUUGUUAUAGGAAACAAGGGCUCUUUGAAAAAGCUUUUAAUGUCUUAAAGAAUUCAGAGAGGCUCAUAACUAACAAAAAGAGGAGAGGGUCCCUUACUUUCCUUAUGACUCGAUAUGCAGCAAUGAUCAAGAAAGAAGAAGUGAUGAGGUUAUGGAAACUUUUAACAACAGGUGGGAAGUUAUACAGUAGAGCUUAUUUAGCUGUAAUUGCUUCAGUUCUUAAGUUUGAGGACUUUGAAAGUGCUGAGAAUAUAUUUUAAGAAUUGGGAAUCUAAAAAUCUGGGUUUUGAUAUUUGGAUUCCAAACGUGAUGAUUGGAGCUUACAGCAAGAAGGGCAAUAUGGAGGCAGCUGAAUCUGUUGUUGAUUGGACAAUCAUAAACAACCGAGAGCCAAAUUCAAAGACUUGGUCCUAUCUCUCAAGUGGGUAUAUUGAACAAGGUAAUUUUUCAAUGGCUAUUGAAUAUAUCAAAGAAGCCAUUUCUGUCUGUUAAGUGGGGCAUCACUGGAUGCCGUUUUGAGAAUUUUGGCCGCCAUUUUUGAAUGCUUGAAAGGUAAAGGAGAUAUGGAAGGAGCAGAGGAGUUGGUAAGGUUACUUAGGAGCAAGGAUCUUGUCUCCCUUGAUGUUCACAAGAAGCUGAUGAAUUGGAUUAAGGAUGUUGAAUCAAACGUGCAUGCAAUUGAUGUGUUGUGCGGAAAUUCACAUAAACAAACAAAUGGAGUUUCAGAAGCCAAAGGAAGACAGGAGCAGCAAUGAUAAGCAAUUCUUGCAAUAGGUCGUGUAUUUGUUGUACACAUCUUUGUAUAUGUAGGUUAGGAUUAUUUUUUGAACCUAAAUGGCUUGCUGUCAUUCAAGGUCUAUGCAUGCGUCUGUGUAAAAUGCUUUGGUUAUUUUUUGUAUAAACACUUAAAUUGAUAGAGUUAUCCAUUUCAAAUAACUGAAAUUUAAAUAUGUACGUG